AUGCGUUACGCUGCUGCUUACGUUCUUGCAAUCCUUGGUGGUGUAGCUACUCCAGAUGUAGCAACUGUAUCGAAAAUUCUCGGUAGUGUCGGUAUCGAUUGUGAUAAAACCAAAGCACAAAAAGUUAUCGAUUCAUGCAAAGGAAAAGAUAUCGAACAAAUUAUUGCUGAAGGUACAAAGAAACUAUCCGCUUUACCAGCUGGUGGUGGUGCAGCAGCUCCAAGUGCCGGUGCUCCAGCAGCAACAACCGAUGCUAAAAAAGGUGCUGCUAAAGAAGCACCCAAGAAAGAAGAAAAGAAAAAAGAAGAAUCGGAUGAAGAAGGAGACGAUAUGGGUUUUGGUUUAUUUGAUUAA